AUGUGUCUCCCCGAUCUGGCCCGGAAGGUCUACGCAGCUCAUGGCGUCGUCGCUUCGCUGAAUGUGAUCGUGUUCGGCCUUUCCGUCAGGGUCAAUGUACCUCUGAACUUCUCGUACUUUACUGGUCUACUUGUGCUUUGUCUGUCUGCUCUCACUGCUGUCCUCACUUUGCUCUUCUUGACACUUGACGUCGUAUCGCAGACGGCGCUCUCGAGUACUCCAGCUUUCCAACUAGUCUAUCUUGGACUUAUGAGCAUCUUCUGGCUCGGAUGCAACGCAUUCACUACCGGUGUAUGGGUGAAGAAUCUCCUCCAAUGUACCACUGUAGCUUUAGAUCUUCCGGAUGCCCCGGCGUGGUGUCAAUCUCUGCAUGCCCUAGAGGUGUUUGUUUGGAUAAAUUGGCUCAUGCUGGCGAGUCUGACAAUCUUUCUGGCCGUAUUCGUCGCCAAACAGCACCGUAAUGGACAACAGCACGUCUGGACAACACCUCUGUCGCGUUUUACUGUUCGCCGAGGCCAACUUCGCGUCCCAACCUCGACCAAGGCAGAUUCCGACUUUGCAUCGCUACGGCGUCUAGAAUCGCCCACGUCGGACUACUGCGUCUGA